AUGGAGUACAAAUUAGAAAUUUUGAGCUACUUACUCAUUUUUAAAAAAAAGAAUGAACGAAUUGCAAAGUUCGACGAGCAAAUAAAAACCUGCAUUAACAUAUUCGAAAAAGUGUUAAUCGACGAGGAGGAAUUGGCUUACUUGUUCGAAAAAAACAUUUUAGACAUUAACCCUUGUGUUCGCUCCCUAUGUUGGAAGCUAGCUCUAAAGCACCUCAGUUUAAAUACGAGCAAGUGGAAUGAAGAACUUUGCGAAAAGAAGAAGUUGUAUGAGGAUUAUAUAAAAUGCUUUAUACUGAAUCCGCCCAGGGGGGGGCAAAAUGGCGCAGAGGGAGUGGGCGCAGAAAAUGAAGCAAUCGCAGCAGGGGCCAAAUUGGGUGGAGACGACCCCAAUGAAGAUACACCUUCUACCAAUUUGGACGACGACUCAGACGCGAACUUCAUAAACUCCGAAUUGUUCAGCCAAAUUAAUAAGGACACGUUUCGAACCAGACCAGAGCUGUCUUUUUUUAAUUUGAACCCACAGCAAACGAUUAAUAAUAAUGUAAAAAUAUUGAACAGUUUAAUUAGUAUAGAAGAAUUUGAAGAAGAUGUAGAAGAGGAAAUACCUUCUCUAGUCAACAUAAAUGAGAUGACAAAGGGGCCCUCCGACGAGACAGAAUAUCAAACAAAGAAUGUACAACACGAAAAAGAAGAAACCAUUAAUGGUAUGAGAAUUGAACACCAAGAAGAAAAUGAAGAAAUUCGUCCCCUUGUGGAUGAAAUAUCCGAAAAAUUUACAACCAAAUCAAAGAAAGAUGAAAAAAUAUGCCAACAAAAAAUCAACUAUGAACAUUCCUUUGGUGAUCAUUCAGCUGAUGUUUGUGACAUUGUUAACCCUAAAAGGCAUUACGAUCUUUUGUGUAGAAUUCUGUUCAUUUAUGCAAAGAUUCACCCCUAUGUUAAAUACGUCCAAGGGAUGAAUGAAAUUUUAGCUCCCCUAUAUUUUAUUAUUUUUAAUGACCCAUUAUGUAACUGCUCUAUACAGGGAGAAGCGGAUACCUUUUUCUGCUUCGUCGAGUUAAUGCAAAAACAGAAAGAUAUUUUUUGUGAGGGGUUGGAUAACACAGAUGAUGGAAUUAAUGGAAAGCUGAAAAAGUUUUCCCUCUUGUUAAGAAUAAAAGAAUAUGAACUAUGGAAAAAAUUGUAUACACUGAAAAUAGAAACGCAAUAUUAUGCUUUAAAGUGGAUUCUUUUAUUACUUACUCAGGAGUUUGACAUGGCAGAUACAAUUAUAUUAUAUGACCACUUCAUAAUUAAUAAUGAUGAGAACUUCAUUCUCUAUAUAUGUCUAGUAAUUUGUGCGAAACUGAAGAGUUCCCUUUUGUGUGGGAAUUUCACUGUGAACCUCAAACUUUUGCAAAAUAUCCCUCCAUUUGAUCCUUACGAUAUAAUUUAUGAAGCUAAAAGUUUAAUGAGCCAAGAUUUUAAAAACGGGUUUAACAUUACAGAUGUGUAUAACCAGUAUUAUGGACAAAGGAAAAGAAUAAAUUCUUUGGGAAGUUUACAAAAUUGCAGUAGUAUUGCCGAGGAGGAUAUAUCUUCUUUUGAAAAUUUGUACGGCAUGGACGAGGGAGAAAGUGGCCCCAGGCGCGGGUCUAUACUCAACUCCCUUCGCAAUAAAUCCAUUGUACAAAAUAUUAAGAACUAUAUAAGUAACAAAAUGGAUAUGGCAAAAAGGGAAAAUGAUGAUUUGGACUUCGAUGAGUUAUGA